GAAGCCAGCCAUUUGUAUGUGUAAUUAUGCUAGCAUUAGCAUGUGUGCUAACUUACCAGUAACACCGAGUUUAUCUUCCCGUGAUGUGCAGUCUUAAAUUCACAGAAGUCCAAUAUUAACAGAUUUCUGAUACAUUGCACUGUGUUUGCCCUGUCUGUGUAUCGAGGCUUCUCAUUGGCCAUCAGUGGGUCGCUCUCCUCAGUGCUGAAAUCGCAGCUCGUCGUGAUCAUGUAUGGCGAUGAGGGCAUACGGAGCGUCAGAAUAUAAACACCAAAAUGGACGAUGAUCUAUUCCAGCUGAGACAAUUGCCUGUCAUUCGCUUCCGUCACACGGGUGAGAGCACGCGCUCGGAGGAAGAUGGUGAAAGUCGAGAGCCUUUUGCAGCAGUGCGAGUGGCAGAGCCAAAAGAGGUGGAGCCCUUGGCCCUUGCAGAUGGAGCUCUUGUCCCUCGGGAGUUUGCCAACCCAACUGAUGACACAUUUAUGGUUGAGGAUGCCGUGGAGGCAAUUGGCUUUGGAACCUUCCAGUGGAAGCUUUCCAUCCUCACUGGUCUGUCCUGGAUGGCAGACGCAAUGGAGAUGAUGAUUCUAAGCAUCUUAGCUCCACAGCUUCACUGUGAAUGGAGACUUCCAAGUCUGGAGGUGGCAUUUCUUACAUCGGCGGUGUUUAUUGGAAUGAUGAUCAGCUCCUCUCUUUGGGGAAACAUAGCUGACAAAUACGGAAGGAAGACGGGUCUGACAAUGAGUGUGUUGUGGACAAUGUUCUAUGGUAUUAUGAGUGCUUUUGCACCCAUCUAUGCUUGGAUCCUCUUCCUCCGUGCUCUGGUUGGCUUUGGCAUCGGUGGAGCCCCGCAGUCGGUCACACUCUAUGCUGAAUUUCUUCCCAUGAAGUCCAGAGCAACGUGUAUAUUGCUUAUUGAGAUAUUCUGGGCUCUGGGCACGGUGUUUGAGGUCCUUCUUGCAAUACUAGUGAUGCCUUCUCUGGGCUGGCGCUGGCUUCUCGGCCUCUCUACCAUCCCUCUUUUCAUCUUUGCCAUCUUUUGUUUUUGGCUACCUGAAAGUGCUCGAUACGAUGUGUUGACGGGGAAUCAAGAAAAAGCUCUGGCAACUUUGAAGCGGAUUGCCAUGGAGAAUGGAGUACCCAUGCCGCUGGGAAAACUCAUUGCAGCCAAACAAGAGGAUCGUGGAAAGUUUCGGGACUUGUUCUCAUCACAAUUCCGCUGGACAACAGUCCUUCUGUGGUUUAUUUGGUUUGCAAACGCCUUCUCAUAUUACGGCCUUGUGUUGCUCACCACAGAACUCUUUCAGGAGGGAGGGGCAUGCGGAAAUCGCAAAGGUAAUAAAAUGGAGAGUAGAUGCAACUUGGAGUGUAAAUACUUGAACAGCGAUGACUACAAAGACCUUUUGUGGACAACCUUAUCAGAAUUUCCGGGACUGUUGGUGACUUUGUGGGCGAUCGAUCGCUUAGGAAGAAGGAAGACCAUGGCCUUGUGUUUUUUUGUUUUCUCUAUGUGCAUCAUUCCACUCUAUGGUUGUGUGGGGAGAGUUUCCAUGACAGUGCUGAUUUUUAUUGCCAGAGCUUUCAUUGCUGGAGGAUUUCAGGUUGCUUACGUAUAUACUCCAGAGGUGUAUCCAACUGCAACCAGGGCUUUGGGUUUGGGAACAAGCAGUGGGAUGGCUCGAGUUGGUGCCCUCAUCACACCUUUUGUUGCACAGGUGCUGUUGGAGUCAUCUGUGUAUUUGGCUCUCUCGGUGUACUGCUGCUGCUGUCUCCUCGCCGCCAUCGCAUCUUGCGCACUGCCAAUUGAAACAACGGGACGAGGCCUGCAGGAAUCCAGCCACCGCCAGUGGGGCCAGGAAAUGAUGGGUCGAGCUUCUUCCUCACAAAACUCAGGGCCAAUCCCUCAUUCCACCUCCGGCUCUCAGGGCUGAGCAACGUUUGAGAUAACGGUGAAGCGCGAAGGACAAAAAAGCUGCAGCAGCUUUUUGUGUGAAUCACAAGUCCCAUCUACAUUCUAGGCACAAACAUGACUUCAGAGAGGAAGACGACACAAAAUAUCAUGUCACUGCACUUAACUCUUCAUCCACCAUUCGUUUUGCUACUGUAUGCUUCCAACAGAAUGGUUGAAAUCCAUGGCAUUCACGUUGACCAGUGAAUGAGUGAAAUCAAGAAGAAGUUGGGGGGGUGUCUGAAUCUUGUUGUGCAAUGCAAGUGAAAAGGUGAAACGCGCUACAGUCAUAAGUCAGUGUAGGCCAGGGGUAGGCGAACCCAUAGGGGUACGGGAGUUUAUUUCAGGAGGUACAUGGGAGCGUUUAAUGAUUUCCUGCGCCAAAAUUACAACGGCCACGUAUCAACUCGAGUGACACAUUGAAGCUUUGAUGACUGAUGAAAAGAAAGUAAAACUGCUACAGUAGGUCUGAAUAUUAUUCUUUAAAGGGGAACUGUUCAAUGAUCUCCAUUUCUUUGUGGUAAAUGAGGUAUAUUUAAAUGCAGUAAUCUAUGUAAAAUGUAUUUUACUUAUUUUCAAGGCAAUAUAUUUAUUUUUAUGUUUAAUUAGAGUUAAGAAAGAAAUAUGACGUUAAACAAA